AUGGAGAGAUGGAAUAUUAGCAAUGUGGUAUCUCCUCAUUUAAGUGAUUUGUUAGAUGACGAAGAUCAAGAACUAGAAGAGAUUCUGAGAGAGCAGAAGGAGUGGAUGGCUUUAUGUCAUAUAACAGCAAUUGAUGGCACACAUGUUAAAGCUAGAUUACCGCAAGGUCAAGAGAUACCAUGUAUUGGACGUAAAGGUUAUCCAUCUCAGAAUAUUCUUGCCUUUGUUGAUUUUAAUAUGUGUUUUACAUUUGCAUGGGCUGGGUGGGAAGGAGUAACUCACGAUAGUCGUAUAUUUGCUGAGGCCCUUCGUAGAGAAGAGCUCAACUUUCCACAUCCAAGCGGAAACAAAUAUUAUCUAGUUGAUGCAGGAUAUUCACACAUGAAAGGAUACAAUGCUCCAUACAAAGAAAAUAAUGUAAGAUAUCACCUAGCUGAAUUUCGCCGUGGUGCAACUCGACAAUUGCGAGAGACAAGAGGAUGCAUUGAGAAAUUUAACUAUUUACACUCUUCUUGUAGAAAUGUAGUAGAGCGCACAUUUGGCAUUUGA